AGACGUCGCAAUUGGCUCGCAAUAAAACGAAAUGUCUAUAAGGGCGGUGCUAACGUUGAGUGGCGGCCAUAUUGAAAUUGUUACUGACAGUUAUGGGGUAGAGUUGAGUGUGCGUUGGAAAGACACAUCAGAGAAAACGUUUUAGAGAAAAUAAAAGAACAAUAUUUUAUUUUUUAUUCUAGAUAUAUAAAUAAUUACAUAUUUUUUGUUUAGCAAUGGAUAAAGAUGAGCGACAAAAGAAGCUGGAGGCCGGUAGAGCCAAGUUUGCUCACUUCAGACAACGAAAAGCAAAAAGUGACGGCGCGAAUUCGCCGAAAAAGACGCCGAAGAGGAAGGGCACGGCUCUCCACUCGCAUGACCUUCCAGCGCAAGAGUGCCCACUAGCUGCUGGGCAGGAUGGGGGUGGCCGAGAGGAGUUGACCUCGAGCUUGGCGGAGCUUGAUCGGUUAGAGGUUCAGGAGUGUGGAGGUCAGAUAACAGCCAUGGAGGAGAGGUUCCUUGGAAAGCAGACUGCUCUUGAUCAGCUCACUGUAGAGGGAGAGAGGCUGCAAGAGGAACUGGCUGCUCAGGCAGGCACUGAGCAGCUUCAGGAAAUAGAGACAGCUGUGCAGAACCACAAUGAUAUAAUUUCUCAGCUGACAGCAAAUCUACAACAGGCCAUUGAGAAUAGAGAUGAAGUUCAACAGGAAGCCUUGCAGCUAACGAAUCAAAUCCAAGCUUUACAGCUACAGCUGCAGCAGGCAAGUGAACUCCUAAGGACCAAAAGCCCUGGUUUAAUGGAGCUUGCCCAGACCCAGCAACAUAUGCAGGUCUUGCAGAUGAGUUUGAAGGACCAGAGCCUGCACCUUGAAACUCAUGAGCAGAAGGCACAAGAACUGGAGCAGCAACUAGAGGACUCUCAAGAGAAUGCCAUAGAUAAAGAAAAUCUGCUUAUCCACAUGACUGAUAAGCUAGAAAAUACAGAAGUCCAGCUGAAUAAAAUAAUUGAUGAAAAAGAGGAACUGACUCAGAAACUGGAUCGUACCAUAUCUCAGUUACACCAUACACUUUCACUCCGGGACAAAGAGGUCCUGGAGUUAAAGAAUGAGAUGCUAGCUUUGACUGCAAACCAAGAGCAGCAUUCAGUCAGGCUUCAACACCCAGGUACAGAGCUUUGCCAUAAUGAGGAGCUGUCUAGAAAACUAGAAGAGCAGAUGGAGGAAUUUCAGAAGGAGAGAUUGGAAAUGGAGGACCGGCUGAAGCACUUGCAGGAGAAUCUGAAUCGAGCAGAAUAUCAAGCGAGAGAAGCCCUGCAGUACAAAACCGAGAAGGAGAAGCUGAACGAGGACAUUUCUAAGCUCAACACCAUCAUCGAGGAGCUGAAUAGAAAGCUGAUGGAUGAAGAGGAGGCCAGUAAGCAUUGGAAGGCAAAGUACCAAGUAGACAUAUCCAACUACAACAAGCAGCUGCAGACACUGGAGCAGGAGAAAGCGGAGGUGCUGAGCAAGCAUGACGAGGAGAUACGUCUGCUUCAACAGCAGCUGGAAUCCCAGCAUGACGACAGAGUGGUCUGCUACAAGCAAGGAAUAGAGAACCUCAAGGAGAACCUGAACAAAAUCAAAGCUAGAAAAGAUCAAGUAAACCAUGAAGCCACUGGGGAAUCACAAGGGGAGGAAUUCACCUUGGAGUUAUCGGGUCAUGCAGAGGAAGGUAAUAUCUUGAUGGACAAAUACCUGGCUUCAUCAGUGAAUCAGGAGAACUCUUGGGCUGAGGGCACUCUACAAGAUCAAAGCAGUAAUGAGCAUUCUGAUUAUUAUAGGUUUGAGCUAGAUAGCGAGAUUCUUGAACAAAAAAUGUCUGGGUCAACCAAAGAUGACCUUGAGAGGUCUGCGGAUCUAACUGGCCAGUCUUUUCCUGAUGGAGAUGCAGAUAAACUGAGACUUGAACCAGAUGAAGGGUCUUUGCAGUGGCAAAAAUAUACACUAGCUAUGCACAAGCUGGAUGAAAGUGCAGAUGCCAUUGACAUGGAAAAAGCAUUUGUAAUACAGAGAUGCAGUGAGCUGUCUGAGCAGCUAGAUGAGAAAAAGAAAGAAUUGGAUGUACUUCAAAUGGAGGUCAUGAGGUCAUCGGAAGAGAUCCAAGAAGUUCAGGACAGAUGGAAGAAAGUGACAGAGGAGCUCUUUGCCGUGCGUUCAGAGCUGGAGGCAGAAAAAGUUGAGCGAGCGAAUUGUGAGGAAAUGAUCAAGCUAAAAUCUCAAAAGGAGGAAGACUUGAGGAACAAAUUAAGUAUCUUUGAAAAGCAGAAUGAUAAAAACAAUGCUGACAAAGCUGUUGCUCAAGUCAAAAACACCUCAGAUAUUGGAGCAACGGAAUGCCUGAUCAAAGAGCUGACUCAGGAAAAAGAGUUUCUAUUGAGGCAGUUACAGGAGCAGGAACAGCUGGUUAAGGAUGUCCAGAAACAGAAGUUUACAGGUGAUUCUGUUACCAGUGAGGGUCAGACUCAGUUUGGCUGCCAACUAGCUGCUCUACAAACUCAGCGAGACCAGCUUCAGACGCAGCUUGAAGCCCAGAAAGCUAAAAACCAAACUACCUCUGAGCUCCUGGGUCAAAAAACCUUACUUGAGGAUUCUUUGUGCAAAGAGCUUCAUCUGCUUAAAACGGAGUGCUGUGAGAGAGAGGCUCUUCUGAAGAAUCUUGCAGAAGAGAAAGCGGACUUGGAAUCAAGACUCUUGUGCAUCAAACAAAAUCUACUGAAUGCGGAUGAAGCACGGAAUCAGAACUCCAGAGAGAAGACUCUCCUGGAGCAAAAUGUUUCAGAGCUGGAGAUCAAGGUAAAGAACUUGGAAAACUUUCUGGAGUCAGAAAGGCAAGAUCUGGGAAACCAGCUGAAGAGCAAGUGUCUUGAUCUGCAAAAGAUUGAAGUGGAGUUCAAAAAUGCAGAAGUGGAGUAUCUUCAAAAGGAAAAUGCUUUGAAAACAGAGGUUGCUGACCUUAAAAAGUCCAUCGCAGACCUGGUAAGAACUCACAAUGAGGCAGUCGAGUCUUUCCGGCUGAAAGAGGCAGAGAAGCUGGACCAUGUGGUGAAGGCAGCUCAAGAAGAGCUCUGCAGCUGCCAGCUGGAGGAACACCAUCAGUCUGAGAUUAAAGAACUAAAUGAGGAAAUCGAGAAAGAGGUGACUGACCUGAGGACUGGACUGGAGGAAGAACAAACGAAGCAGAUUGUUCUGAUUAAACAGGCGCAUGAGCGUGACUUUGACCGCGAGAUUGCUGUCCUUGUUGAAAAACACAAGGAAGAGAUGAAACGCCUGCGAGUAGAGCUGACCUCCCAGCAGCAGGAGCUGCUCAAUGACCUGAGAGAGCGAAUGGAUGAAGCACACCAAACUGAACUUCACCAAACACAGCUGCAGGCCCAGAUCGAGAAAAAUCUAGAGCUGGAGGCUUUGCGGCUCAGCCUGACCAACUUGAACACAUCCCAGCUGGAGCUGUCCCAGUCCAACCUGCAGCGGGAGAAAGAAGCUGCACUGAGUGAGCUUCAGGAAAGCCUCAAUGACAAGCGGGCGCAGGAGAUCGCAAUGCUGCAGACACGUCAGCAGUUUGAACUGGAGCGAAUUAAAGAGCAACGCCGUGCUGAGACUGAACAGCUCACACACAAACAUCUGCAGGAGAUGGAGGAAAUGAAGCAAGACUGGUUGUUGAAAGUGGCUGACAUGAAAACCCAGAUGGAUGAAACGCAUAGCCAGAAAAUAGAGGCUCUGUUGCAGGAGUGGGAAGAUGAUGCUGAGAAGAGCCUUGUGGAUUUGCAGCAAAAGCUGUCUGAGAAACAGGCCGAGCUAGAGGAGCUGCAGGGCACCCAGGAGGCAGAGCGUGAGAGACUGCGGGCUGAACUGAACCGUCUGCUGGCUGACAAAGAACUGGCAGCAUCUAUGCUUAAGGACCUGGAAGAGCUGCACAGGACUUCGAUGAUGGAUCUCAAGGAAAGGUUACAUCAACAACAUGACCAUAGUGUUCAAGAACUGGGCACAAAAACUGAAGGAAAAGAAAGGGAACUGCAUAAAGAGAUAGAGAAGCUGCAGACCAUGUAUGAUGAUCUAAAGGCACAUUCAGAACAGGAGAUUGAACACCUGUGGUGCCAGCUUGAGAACUCACGGACAAGCAGUCAGGAGCGGAGUGAGCUUAAAGAGCAGCUAUUGGCCCGUACAUCUCGCAUUGAUGAUAUUGAACAGUUAAAACAAGAGUUUGCCCAGCAGUGCCUCGAGCUCCGGGCACAGAAUGAGAUUGAACUGGAGCACCUGAGGACUUACUUUGAACAGAAACUGUGUGAAUCGGAGGACAGGCACAAGGAGGAGAUUGCACACCUGCAGCAGCGCCUAGAGGAGGGAGUGCGGGAGACUGCCGACACCACCAGUUCUCUUCCUGAGGAGAAACUGAAUGAGGAACGAACUGAUCUUCUAGGGGAGCUAACACAACAACUAGAACAACACAAGGAAGAGUUGGAGUCCCUUCGUGAACAGUUUGAAGAAAGACACAGACAUGAACUGAAAACUUUAAGAUCCUCUUUAUCCCUUCAGCACAAAGAAGAAUUAUUACAAGUGAAAACUGAUCUUGCGGAUCGUUCCUUCUCAGAAAUGCAAGAGUUAAGAACAAAGCAUUCUCUAGAGCUGGAGCAGUUGCGGGCUAAGCUGUCGGACAACCAUAUCGAAGAAAUCACAAAGCUGCGUCUGCAGAGUGCCCAGGAGGCUGCCCGGCAGGUUGAGGAGGAGGUGAUAAACAGGGUUCGCUCCCUGGAGGAGGAACAUCACGCUAAACUGUCACUGAUGAAGUCUGAGCAAGAGCACAUUCAACAGCUGGAAGAACGCAUUGAGCAACUUCAAGAAGAACAUGCUGAAAAUGUGAAGAUCAUCACUGCACAGCACAAAGAGCUGCAGAAACAAAGCAUAGAACAGGUUAAACUAAACUUUCUGGAGGACCUUAAACUGAAAUUAGAUGAAGCUAAAACGGAAGAAGCUGAAAAGGUAGCUAAAGAGUACUCUGAGAAGAAGGCCGAGGAGUUGGCGCUCCUGAGAGUGCAGCUGCAGUCCCUUUCUGAAGAGAAGCUGUCUGCCCUGCGAGAGGAGCUCACCAGCCUUGCUAAGGGGGAGAGGCAGGCUUUGAAGGAGGAGUUCGGAGCCAGAGAGCGGGAAAUGAAGCGUCUUCAAGCCGGUCAGGAAGUCGUGAUCGCAGAGCUGGAGAAGGAGCUCAAGGAGGAACGCAACCGGCUGCAGGCACUGCAAGACAUCCUGGAGAACGAGCAGUCUUCACAGAUCACACUGCUCAGGCAGAAGAUCCAAGCUCAGUGUGACAGCGAGCUCGCCACUGCUAAAGCCACCAUGGCGGAGGAACUGGAACAGCUGAACAUAAACCUGCAGGAGCAGUCUGAAGUCAAACUGCAGGAGGCACAGAGCAGGUUCACAAAAGAGAAAGAGGAGAUAACUGAAAAGCUCACUUUACAUCAAGAAACUCUUCUCAGGGAGCUGAAGGAAAGGCACGCAGAAGAACUGGAAGCCCAGAGCAGGCAACUACAAGAGCAGCACCAGAAACAGCUGUUGGAGCUCCAGCAGAGACUCCAGGCCAGCACGGAGACUCUGGAACAAGGUCUGAAGGAGGAGCACAGAGCUCAGAUGGAAGCCUUGGAGGCAGAGCUCCAGACUAAACACAAAACUGAGAUUCAGGAGCUGGAGGCUAGGCUUUUGUCUAACAUGGACACCUUGGAAUCGACCUACCUGUUAGAAGUCCAGUCCAUACGGGAUGAGCACUCACAAGUUGUCCAGGAUCUGAAAUCCUCUUUCGACCUGACGCUGCAGAAGCACAGAGAGGAUCUCCAGAGAGAGAAGCAGGAGGUUGAGGCGACUCUAGCUCAGGAGCUGGAAAGGCUGAAGGGAGAGCACGAGACAGAGCUGAAGUCUAGCGCAGAAGAGCUGAGGAAGGAGCUAGCAGCAAUUUACAUGGAGAAAUUCAAAGCCAUGGCAGCCGAGUUGGAGGAAGCUCAUAAGGUGGAGCUGGAGGCCGCCCUGCAGUCUCAGAGGAGUGUUCUGGAGUCAGAGCAGGGCAAGGCGCUGGAUGUGCUGGGAGCGGAGGUGCUGAGGCUGGAGGAGCAGCACCAGAGAGCCAUGCAGGAGCUGCAGGAGCUCCACACCACAGAGGUGCACAGGCAGCAGGAUGAGUACAGCAGGCAACUGCAGCAAGAGAGAGACGAGCUGAAAGCACUGCACCAAAAACAACAACAGGAGUGCUCCAGUGCUGCUGCUUCUGAAAUGGAGGCUGUCCAGGAACAGCUUACAGCACAGUUUGAGGAGGAGAGAUCUCGCCAGUACCGUCAGUUCCAGGAGGAGAUUGAGCUGCUCAAGUGCCAGUCAGAGGUGCUGCUGGAGCAGCAGAUCACACAGCUCAAGGAGGAGUUUGAAGCAGAGAAGAAAGCUGCACUGGAGAAACAGGAUGUAGAGUCUGCUGAAAAGCAUGAGCUGUCUGACAAGAAUCACAGAGAAAUGAAGGACAAGUUAACUGCUCAGAUCUGUGAGCAGGCAGCUAUGCUGACACAGUUAAAGGAAGAAGUUUCUGUGCUCCAGAAGGAGAUGGAAGAGAAGGAUUCUGAGCUGGAGACAAUCCUGCAGAGAAGAGAGCGGGAGAACGAAGAGGGAGGAAACCUGGUAACCAUGCUGAGAUCCGACCUGAGCAGAAACACAGAGGAACAAAAAAGUCUGCAAGAAACUCAUGAGCGAGUAUUGAAACUCCUGCUUGAAGUUGCCAAGAGUACCAUUGCCACUGAAGAUGUUAUCAGCCAAAGAAUAGGCAUCUGCAUGGACAGUAGUCAGAUGCUCGGAGGAGAGAAUCUCAGUGUAUUGGGAGCAGCUGGACAACCUCAUCGAAAGAACUCAGAGGGCCAAGAAAAGGGUGACUUGCACAGUCCAGCAAGUGAAGCUGCCACUGAAACCAGCCUGUGGUCAGCCCUGACAGACGAAGGCUUUGAACUGUCCCAGCGACUGUCUGACAGCAUCUUUACUGGCCCUGAGGUGGAGCCUGAGACCGAGCAGAUGAUCCUGAGAGUGUGUGAACGCCUCCGGAGUGCAGUGGAGAAACUGCUGGAUCUGGUCACAGAGUCCACCAGACAGCUUGAGCAGACGCACGGGAUCCAUGUCCACCUGGAAGAGCAGUUCAGUCGUCAGAACAAGGAGACGGCCCGGUUUGUAAACCAGCACCAGAACCUCAUCGAGCAACUGGACGAGGAAACCAAGGCCAAAAAACAGCUAGAGCUGGAGCUUCACAAAGCAGAGGGGCUGAUUGACGGCUAUGUGGCGGAGAAGGCAGCGCUGGAAGAGGCUCUUCAGCGAAAGGAGAAAUCAGAGCAGUGCCUGGUCCUGGAGCUGGAGACGCUGAGGGGACAGCUGCAUGAGCUGAGUGAGGAGCACAGCCUUCUUGUCCGCCAGAGAGAGGCCAUCACUGCCAACAUGGGGGACCGCGAGAUGGGAUGUUCUGCAGUUGCAGAGGAGGAAUCAGGUUUGCUUGUGGAAUCCGACCUCCUGGCGAAGGAGAAGCUGGAUCUGCAGUGCCAAGCGGAGAAGGACCGCUCCAACCUCACCUCCCGAUUGAAGCUCCUAGAGACGGAACUGGAGGAGCAGAUCAGCCAGAACCUGGAGCUGGAGCAGAGAUACAGGUUGGAGCUGGCUGACCUGCAGCAGCAGAUCCUGGCGCUGGAGAAACAGCUGCGCAAUGAUCGUCACUUCAUAGACGAACAAGCAGUGGAGCGUGAGCACGAGAGGGAUGAAUUUCAAAUCGAAAUUAAGAAACUGGAAGCCCAGCUAAGGAAUCCAAUUAAAUCUAAUACCGGAGGAGACUACAAGGGGCAGAAGGUGGAGACCCUGCAGGCUACGAUCAAGGAGAAAAUGGAUGAUUACAACACUCUUCUGCUGGCCAAGGAGCAGUACGUGAUGGACAUCAAUGAGCAAAAUGAAGAGAUUGAGAAAAUGGCAGCCCGAAUCUGCGAGCUGGAAGAGGCUGCACUGGGCAACGCUGAGGCAGCAAAGAAAGUGAGCCAUCUAGAACAAGAACUGCAGCGGAUGAAGAAAAUGGAGCAAGAUCAUCUUCAGGAUAAGGAGGCUUUACAGCAGCAGCAAUAUUCUAACCGGCUGCAGAUCUCUGCUCUGCAGUCUAAACUAGAUGAGACCAGACACCGCUUCCCGGAGAACAGCUCUGACCAGGUGCUUAAGGAGCAGCUGGAGGCAGAGCGAGAGGCUCUGCUCAACAAAGAGAAAGAGGUUGAAAUCCUCCAUGAUCAGCUGGAUCAGUUUCAGAAGGACUUGGUGAACAAAUCGGAGGAGGUGCUGCAGCUCAACAUGCAGUUGGAGAUUCAGGUGAAGCAGAGUGCUGCCAGCAUCGACCAGGUGCAGGAGGAGAGCAAGCAGUUAAAGGAGAAGGUAGCCAGCUUGCACAAGCAACUAGGGGUUGAGUCAGAUGAGAGCAGAACCUCAGUGCUGCAGUUUCCACAGGGACUGAUGGAGGAAAAGAACCAAGAAAUCGACCAUCUCAACGAACAGAUCUUUCAGCUACAGCAGGAACUGAAGAAUACAAACAACAAGGUUCUAGAAGAGAAGAAUGUGGAGAUGGAGGACCUGAGGUCUCGGAUCGAGCACCUCCACGGAGAUCUGGAGCGCCUACGCAGGGACAAGGAUGAGGAGGUGGAGCAGCUCCACGAAGUCAUUGAGAAGCUGCAGGAGGAGCUGGCCCAGCUGGGGCCCAACCGCCACGAGGUCAGCGACUCCCAGGACAGCCUGGAGCGUGAGCUGUGGCAGCACCCCAGCCAAGAAGACAGCCUGCAGAGGGAACUGGCCAGCGAGCACCUGCAGUCCUCCAAGGCAAGACUGAGAGAGCUGGAGGGACAGCUCGAUCUCGCAUGCACAGAGAAAGAAGCAGUUCAGCAGCUGCUACAAAAGCAAGAAGUGCAUUUCCGGUCAGAGGCAGAGAAGCUGGGGAAGGACCUUCACAAUGAGCGCAGGCAGCUCUCCAUCCUGCAAGAGGAGUCCGUCCUGCUGAGAGUCAGCUUCUCGCAGAGGGAAGCCAUGCUGUCCACCCAGGCUCAGGAACUUGAGGACAUCCUGAGGGAGAGGGAGGCUCAGCUUCUAGAGACAGAGAUGCAAGUGAAGACCCUGGAGGAGCAGAUCGUGGCCAAGGGGGCAGGUCUGGAGGCUGAGCUGAGCAAGCAACAGGAGCAGUGCGAGGAGCUCCACAGUCUGAAGUCUGUGCUGGACUCCCAGCUGCAGGAUCUGAAGCAGGCAGAGAUAAAGAACCAGGGAGAUAUCGAGAAGCUGCAGGCUGAGGUGGCGAAGCUGGAAGCUCGCAUGAAGGACAGCCAGGUGGAAAUUCUCACUCUGAGCUCAGAGAAGACAGAGCUAUUCUCAGAGUGCCAGGCUGUUCAGCUGAAUGUGGAACAUCUCCAGGGAGAGGUUGAAAGGUUGGAGAUGGAGGUUGCCGAGAAGAACACUCUGGUACAAGAGCUGAGUCUGCAGCUUGAAGACAAGUCGGCAAGGAAUGCUGAAGCACAGAAAGAAGUGCUGAGGUGUGCUGAAGAGACGCUGACGAAAGCAGAGUCUGCCCUAAAGGAGAAGGAGGAGGCCCUGAGAGACCAGCAGGCACUGCUUCCUCAGCUGAAGGCAGAGCUGUCUGCUGUGAAGGAGGCACUGAGCUCCAGCACAGAGAAGACAGAGAGGCUCCUGGAGGAGGGACAGGAAAAAGAUCGAUCUCUUGCCAACCUGGAGAUCCACAAUGGAAGUUUAAAAUCGGAACUGAGAAAGCUCCAAGAAGAUUUCACGAAGCAAGAGGAGGAGCUAUCACACCUGAAGAAUGAAGUGCAGGAGCUGAGAGCUCUGUAUGGGUUCCAGGCACAUCAGCAGUUUAAAGAACAGAGCAAUACAAUGAAACCCAAGGAACGCUCCAGCCAGACCGGCCCAGACACACAGCGCGGCUUCUUGUACAACUUCUCCAACGAGAGCUCUCUCUGCUCCCCUGAGCGUAUGAGGAAAUACGAUGCCAGCAUGGAGCACACGCAUGGGUUCCAUUCCACCCACCUCUCUGAGCUCAGCACUCUGCACUGCACUGGGCUGGAUCUCCUGCACAGCAAAUCCCCUGGUCUGGACCGGGACUGCUCGGAGCCCAGUGAUCACCUCACAUGCGAUGGUGAGGAGCACAGCAGCCACUCAGCAUCAGCAUCUCCACCUUUCUCCGAGGGCACUUACUCCAUCCUGGACUCUAUUGACACGGAAAAGGCAAAAGCUCUUGAAAACCUGGACUUGACUCCACCAGCCUCUCCUGCUUGCACAGAAUCUACACUCUCUGUACAGGAGUGGGUCAGCGAUGGAUAUGUAAGCAGUGAGUGGAUCACCUUUAUUUUUAUAUAUGGAUUUCCUCCCCCCAGGGCUAACCUAGAGAGCCAGGAAGCUGAUCUAUGCUCGGCUGUAGAGAGUUUGGAGAAGGAGCAGCAGAGAGUGAAAGAGAUCCAGGAUGUCCUAGAUCAGGAGAGACUCAAGAACAUCCAGAGGAAUGAUCAGAAAGGGCAGACACAUGAGUUACUGCAGACAUCUCUGGAAGACCGAAAUAUCCAGGACAGCCAGCUGUGCAGCGCUCUGGAGCAGGAGCGGAUUGCAAAUAGCAACCUGCGCAAGGAGCUGCAGAUCGGGCAGUCCCGCUGUGAGGCCCUCCUCUCCCAGGAGCGGAGCAGGCUCAGUGAGGUCCAGCGGCUCCUCGAGAUUGAGAAGGGGCGCACUACUGAGCUGAACGACAGCCUGGCCCACAAGCAGCAGUGUCUAGCCCAGGAGUACAAGCAGAGGCUGGAGGAGGAGGCUCUCCGCAGGGAGGGGGUGGCCGCUCAGGAACACAACUUCAUCCAGCUGCUGCAAGCACAGCUGGAUCAGGAGAGGGAGCGCACCAUGGAGCUGGCAGCCAUGAUGGAGAAGACCCAGCAGCAGGCCAUCCAGUCCAAGAGACUGCUGGAGACGGGAGUUGAGCAGAGCCGUGAGGAGGCACAGAGAGAGCACGAUGCGGCUUCCAAGCUCCGCACUGUCCUGGAGACUCUGCAGACCCAGAAACAAGAGCUGGAGCGCAGCCUGGAGGCAGAGAGGCAGCAGGGGACCAGGCUUCAGGCUGAUAUCGAGCAGCUUCAGGGGAAGAUCCAGUCCGUAAAGCAGAAGGAGAGAAGCAGGGAGGAGCAGAGGAGGCAAGAUCGCCAGGCACUUGCUGAGAAAGACCGCCGACACGAGAGGGACAGUGAGAAGCUGCAUGAGAUGGAGCUGCAGCACCAAAGAGACCAGCUGAGGAUCAAACAGCUACAGCAGACCCUUGCAGAACUGGAGGAGCAGGAGCGAGACCUCUCCUCUCAUAAACAGCAGCAGCAGACUGAUGUCCAGGGCACGGGCCGCAGCUGCUCCUUCCCCAAGUCUCCGGACAGGGAGAGCUCAUUCCUUCACCAGCAGCAUCUGCAGUUCAUUCGUCAACAGCUACAGCUGGCCACUCUCAGACUGAAAGACUUGGUACACAGUUCUAAUGCUGGGACUGUGGAUGGUCGCAGCUACACUGAAGAUGAGGAUUUGAAGUUCCUGUUGAGAACACUGACUGGGCUGGACAAUGAUUUAAUGAGUCUGUGCUCAAGUACACAGAGACCGGUACACACCACAUCAAGCAUUGCGGAGCGCUUGCUGAAGGAGAAUGCAGACCUGACUACUUGUGUGGCAGCUUUGACCGAAGAAAAGAUUGACCUGAAACGUACCAUAGACAAACUGGAAAAGGAACUGCUAAUCCACAAAGAAAGAGAGGCAGGCAGUGAACAGGUCAGAUCUCAUGAGAUGGUCUAUUCAGUUCAGGUCUCAGAAAGGGCUGCCUGGCAGAAGGAAAGAGCCUUCCUGCACAGUGCCCUCAAAAAGGCAGAGUCUGAGCUCUCAAGUGUGACAGCCGAGAUUGAAAACAGGCCUCCGGCUGCUGAUGUCUCCCACACUAAGAUGAACUGCCUGUAUAGGAGGUACAUGAGAGCAGAGAGCUUCAGGAAGGCUCUGGUGUACCAGAAGAAAUACCUGCUGCUCCUCUUGGGUGGAUUUCAGGAUUGUGAGCAAGCAACCCUGUCCCUCAUUGCCAGAAUGGGGGUGUAUCCCUCCACAGCAGACCUCCAGGACUCUGCACCGCGCUCCCUACCCAUCAACAAGUUCAGAUCUGCUGUCAGAGUUGUCAUCGCUAUAUCUAGGUUGAGAUUUUUGGUAAAGAAGUGGCAGAAAGCUGCCAAAAAAGGACAGAUCCAGGUUGUUGCUGUGAAUGGAAGCACACACAGUGAAGGUCCUGGGUUCAGGACAGAGGUUUUAAGGCAGCACCCUGGAGUUACCUUUAACUCUCCUCCAACUCGAGAAGCUGAAAUACUCCACAGAAGUGCCAUUGCACACAUGCAUCAGCCCCCUAAACCACCUUACAGGCUCCACAACAGGUCUUACCACUCUCCUGGCCCGUCUCAAUCAUUCACCUCUCAGGACUCUCUGACUGACUAUAUUCACCAUUUAGAAGUGGUCCAGCAGCAGUUAGGAGGCCUUUCAUCAGGGCCCUCCCCAGGACCUUAUUACAGCAGAAUUUCCAAAAGAUGAAAGAACGUUUAUUAUGAAGAAUCGGCACUGAAACUGACUUUUCCCUUGCUGUCUGUUACUGUAAAUGGAAUAGAUACACAAGAUGAUGGGCAAAUAUUUUCUAUACAGUAUAUGCAAUAAUCACAUUUUUGAAAAAAUUAAUUUGUAAGCACUGAUGUUUCAGUUAUGUCCACAAAGGGGGGGAGGAAGGAAGAUGGGGAGACUCACUUUCACCUUUUAAACGUGUGUGUUGUGAAGGAGCAAAUUUGUGCACUUUAUCAUUUUGUGCAAAUACUUUCACUGUUUUUGAGUGAUCUGCUGGUUGGUAUACUUUUAUAUAUAUAUAUAUACUGUAUUUGUUUGUAAUGUUAUCCUUUUUAAGCCAAAAUUCUUGAAGGGUCUGAGGUGUAAACAGUUUUUUAAAUUUUGUUUUUACGUCCAUGUUUUCUACAAAGCAAAUAAAUAAUUUUAAGAAAACCUUUUCUCCUUUGUGGUUAAAUGUAAUGAAUAUACCAGAUUAGUAUCUCUUCUAUAACUAGACACAUUACUAAAGAUGUAGGUAUUUUUGGUAUGAUUUCAGCAAACUGUUUAUAAACUGACCUGAAAUUGAAUGCAAAGUAAACAACAUACAACAGCAUUCUAUUUAUCUUUUAUUUUUUAUGUGCUUCUCCAAUUCUUGUACAAGUAAAACACCUUUUUUGAGGUGGAUGUAUUUAUUAUUUAGACCCUUUACUUUUUAAAUUUUAGAUCUAACUAAUGUAUAGUCUCUUCUGAGAUUGAAAUUGCAAAUGAUAGAAAGAACACAGAACAAUUGGCAUUAUCUGUGGAGCAACAUCAUGUGAAGUUCUAGAACAAUUGCUAGUCUGGGGUGGUGUGAGAUGGAGGGAAGUUUGGUGGUCUUGUGCAGUGAUGCUUUCAGCGGAAUUUGAUUUUUUACAAUAAAAAUGUUGUGGUGAAAAUAGCAGAUCCAUGUUACUCCACACCAUGAAUAAACGUGUCCACAUUAGACCCUCUGGAAAGCACACGCUGUCACUGUAGGUGAAGCUUUGUAUGUAGAUAGCUAGAAUACUGCAAGUGACUGCAAACUUGCAGUAGUUCCUCAUUGUACACAAAUUAGACAACAGUUCAAUUCUGUGGUAAAUCUAUUUACUAAUGCAAGGGUAGCUCUAUUCUACAGAGAAGGCAUUUGGCAAAUUGUACUACUUUCUUUUGUUGGAAUCGAGGUAACGUCAGUCCCAUGUUGACUUGUUUGCAUUACAUGCCUAUUCAAAAGAACAAAACAAACAUGAAUAUAGAAAAGAUGCAUUCAUUAAUAUACGUUAAGAUGUGCUGAUUGUUGGCAAUAGGAAUAGCAGUGGUUGUAUGUGAACCGCUGCUAGGUUUGAUUUUAUAUUGAUUAUAUUUCAGACAUUAUUUUCAUCGUCACUGGAGUGAAAACCAUUGAAUCCUGUUCAUUUUUGGGAAGCACCAAGUUUCCUCUCCCCAUCUCUUCCUGUGUUGCAUGUAUUGGGACGGGCAGGACAUAUUGGCUUCAGAUGAGUCAAAUACUAGAAAAUAAAAUAACCGGCUCAUUUUCAAGUAUGGUUUGUUCAAGUGGUGUAUGUUGCGUCUGAUUUGUUGUAUUGUUUUUUUGUAACUUUAAUUUUAUUUUCAAUUUGAAAAAUAAGCAGAUGUACAAAUGCCACUGUAGUAGAUGUGUGUUUUGGAUACCUCUUUUUGUAAUGGAGGUAUACUGGUAUCUUUCAAAGUUGAGAUUGUAAAUGUUCUAAUAGAGGAGUCAUACUUUAAUCUAAUAAAAUACAUGCUUU